CCGAAUGCUCUUAACUUCAGACCAGUCCAUUCAGCUCAAGUAUGGUUCUCCACCACUUUAUGGCUCUCAGACGUUGGAUUCUGGGAGCUCGAAUUUAAGCUUCUACCAGCUUCUAAAGGACGGGUUCUCCAACAUCACAACCUCACAGCCCGUGUCCCUCAGGCUUAUCCGCACUACUAGUUUGAUAGAUCUCAUCCCAGUCUCAAUGUUCUCUGCCUGCUACCUGGUACACAGCACCUCAACCAUCAAAUCUCUGGCUGUGAUCAUUGUGGAAACGGCUGGAGUACAAGAUCUGCGCUUGAACAGUGGACAGUUCAACUCAACAGGGAAAUGGAACGUCAUAAAUGGUACAAAAUACUCCUGGGCUGCUGUGGACCUUUAUCCUUUGAUGUCACAAAUAAUCUGGCAUCCCUCCUCAAAGAUUGCCGUGUAUGUCUUUGAGAGAAUGGGGUCAUGGGCUCCUUAUGGAGGUCCAGCUAUCUCUAUAAACGAAGAACCAGACCCCAAUGGCUGUAUGGUGACUCCAGCAGUGUUGGACGUUGGUAAUCUGUCAAUAAGCUGGCAAGCGUCUCGUCAGUACUGUGUGAAGAGAGGUGGUCAGCUGGCUGGCCCCACUUGGAUCGGGGCCCAUCAUUCCAUGGCCCAGAAGCUGACAGAGAUUGGAGCUAGUGGUCAGGCGUGGAUUGGCCUGCGGCGCAGCCUACUGACCACAGAGUGGUACUGGCAGAGCGGACGAAGCUUCAGCUUCACCAACUGGGAAAGAGGCCAGCCGGUUAGUCUUGAGAAAGGCAUGUGUGCUUCUGUUCGGAUGGAGCCGAACGGGAACUACACAUGGAGCAGCGUGCGGUGCUGCUCCUCUCUGAGGCCUAUGUGUUACAUUCCACCACGCUACUUCAGUCUCACCAACCCGUUUGCCUGAGAACCACAAGCACCCGCUAACGCUUCACAUUAGCAUAUAGUUCUGUUUGCUUUUGCUCUUUU